AUGGACUUUGGCGGUGUGCUGGACGACAGCACCUUUUUGCAAUGUAUGGGAAGCUUUCGCCAUAUAACAGUGCAGAUGCUCGACUUGUCUAACAAUGCUCUGCGAGAUAAAACAACCAGAAUUGUAACAGGACCAGCAUUGAAGCAAUUAGAUCUAACGUGUAAUUCAGCGCUAAAUCUCACUUCUGGGACAUUGAGUAGGAAUUAUAAGAAACCUGUGGCGUUGUACGACAUCGGUGCUCAGUCUAAAGAUCGCAUACAAAUUGGAUUCUCGGAAACUUCUGGAAGUCGGAAUAAACUGUGUAUUCGUCGAGUCCAUUGCGGUGAUAUUUUUGGAAUGGUCGAUGGUUCUUCAAAUUAUGAACUACCCAAAACGAUCCAGUCUGUUCUGAAAAAGAUUAUCUCUUCUACGGACCACAAAAACAACUUAUCGACGAUUUUGCUGGAAGCACACGAGGUUUUGGAAGAACCUGGCGAGCGACUUGGUGCCAGUUGCCUUCUCCUACACAUUGAUUCGAAACUUUCAUUGUCGUAUGUUGGUAAUAUCGGUGCAGCUGUGGUAGCUAACGGUAAUCUGGAAAAGCUAACCGAAACCAAUGAAAUGGAUGAGGAACAAUACGAUCGGAUACGGUCUGCUGGUGGCACAGUUGAUGAGAACAACUUGAUCAAUGGAGUAACACCCAAUCAAAGACAACUAGGAUUCUACAGUCUCCACCCUGUGGUAAUACCGAAACCAAUCAAUAAAUCCAUGGGAAUCACUCGUGAAAUUGAUUAUGUAUUCGUCGCGAGUUCUGCUGUUUGGGAAUUUUUGACAGAUGCACAGAUUGCUUCGAUAUUGACGACUGCUGUAAAUCCUCAGGUAGCAGCAAAGACAAUCCAGGAUGCUCUGCAAGCUUGUGACUACAACGGAAAUUCAUGCGUUGUGGUUAUUCGGCUGCUCAAACCUGAGUUGUCCUUUCGAAGUUCUGCACUUCCCCAGCCAGAAUUGUCAGUUCCGGUCGCCCACACGCCAAUGAAAGUUGAGGAGAGUAGUGUGCAGGAGGAAACCACACUCCAAAAAAUCGAGCAGAGGCUUGAAAAAAUUAGUGAGGUGAUAGCGAAAAUGGAGGAUGACACGACUCAUGAGGAUACACACGCUCUCUCCGGAAGGCAACUCUAUGACAGGAUUGCAGCACAAGAGAAGGUCUCCAGCUGGGUUUCCUCUCCUUCCUCUUCCAUGGCUCUACCUCCUCCUGAUCCAUCGAAUGGCAAGUAUUCUCAACUAAUGGACGAACUAAGAUCAAAAGCUAUCCUUGUGGACGAGUUUUCCGCUUCUGCCACAACGAGUUCAACUCCUACAGUUACCGAAAGCCCAGCUAAUGUAGCAAUAACACGCAGUGAUUUUUCUGUACUUGACGUUGAUACAGAAGAUCACUUAGAUUGUUGGAAAAGCGCUGCUAGAAAAGGUCUCCAACGGUGUUAUGAGAAAAGUCUUCCAGAGAAAAUAACUACACCAGGAAUGAAUUCGUCUGAGGUUAACGUAAUUUACUCGGUGGAGUGUGACAGGAGUUUGCAAACAAUACAAGACAUAGAACUGUUUGCUACACUGUCACUGAGUGAUAAGAAGAGUGGAAACAACCUCGCCGCAUUAGACCAAAAUAACCAUUCGGAGGAAAAGAGUCUGGAUUUUGGUGUCAAUAGUCCAUUUGGUUCGUUGAAGUCGCACGACAGUGGAACCUACAGUAUUCAAAAAGCCGCCAGAGAACGACACAUUGCAGGACAGUAUGAAACAGUCCAUCGAUCAUUCGACUACUACUCGCACACAAAAGUACGGCCGUAUGAUGUGGCUGACAAUCUUCCCUCUCCACCCACGCUUAUACCAUUCAUGGAUUCUAGCAACAACUCAAACAUCCCAUAUUUUGAGCAUGCAAGUCCGCGAAGAAGAAAAAUGAGCGUCAUUGAAGAAAGUCCAGAAAUGCAGACGAGUUCCAGUGAAGAACGAGUGCCAUCAACAACUCCGCCCCCUCUACCAAAAAGUGGAAUCCCAAACGAGCAUUCUAAAUGCUCAUUUAUCAGAAAUGGGUUGAGGUAUGCAAGGGUCGUGUACUCCGAUGCGGAUAUUUAA